AUGAAAGAUUGUUCACCAAGUAUAGCUCCCAUUGUGAAGGGCGAUAGGUUCAAUUUGGACCAGUGCCCAAAGAAUGAUCUUGAGCGGGAACAAAUGAAGAACAUUCUUUAUGCUUCUGCUGUUGGAAGCUUGAUGUAUGUUCAGGUCUGCACAAGACCUGACAUUGCAUUUACUGUUGGGAUACGGACUGAUAAUUUGGAAGUGAUUGGCUACUCUGAUUUGGACUACGCUGGCUGCAUUGAUUCGCGAAAAUCAACUUCAGGAUAUGUCUUUAUGCUAGCCGGUGGAGCUGUUUCUUGGAGAAGUGCAAAGCAAACUUUGAUUGCAACUUCCACUAUGGAGACUGAUUGCGUGUCUUGUUUUGAGGCUUCCUCGCAUGCUGCAGCUUUUAUGGCUAAGAACAAUAAAAGUAGCAGUCGAAACAAGCACAUCGACAUCAAGUAUUUAGCCCUAAAAGAACGUGUUAAAGAGAAAACAGUGGUUAUUGAACACGUUAGCAUUGAAUUGAUGAUUGUUGAUCCUUUGACUAAAGGCAUGCCACCGUUGAAAUUUAAGGAUCAUGUAGAUAGAUUGGGACUUGGUUCCUUUGUGUGA